GAAUAAGGUAUAGAAGGUUGGUAAAAGUAAAAAAAAAAGGAAAAAAAAAAGAAGUAGUGAAUAAAAGGAGAAAAUAAUAAAAAGUUUUAUGGUAUAGUGGUUUCAACGGCAAAUAACGUAGACGAUUGGUCAAAUAAUAGAACGUAACUAAUGCUAUUGGUAAAUAGACCUAAGGCAUCUUCAGUGGCGGCUGUAUGAUUGAUAAUUCCGUAGUAUAGUGACUGUAGACACAUAGAUAAACACACACAAGUUGACUCGUGGAUCCUGAGCGAGCGGGUACAUGAGUACAUACAUUAAACCAAUUCAUACAUACAUACAUACAAUACAGUUGUUUCCUAUCGUGUCGAUAUCUCAUACUUGACUGUAAAAAAAUAAUAAAUAAAAUAAUAGCCAGAGUACGAUAAUAAUAACUGAAAAUGUAAAUAUAUUUUAUCUUGGUGAUAGUGACUGUGGCUUUAAAUACUCUGCUGGAGAAACAAAUAAUUUGUGCUAGUGCCAUUGGAUUACAAGUAAAAAAAAUUGUUAAAGAAAGUGUGGAUGGUGAAUGUGUAUAUGUGGUGAUGGAUUUUGAUAGUUGUGUAGACGGUUGAUAGAACUCUUUUUACUUUGAGAAUAAACCCAUAAGUCUACUUAGUUACAAGCACUUUGGUUAUUAUAAUAAUAAUAAUUAUACAACUAUCAAGAAUAAUUACUGUAUUACUGGUUACUGUAACGGAAUUGUUGUUGAUUAUAUUUGUGAUAAGCCAUUCAUCUAAGAGAUUUGGAGUGAAAAAUAAAUUUUACAAGAAUCAGCUGAUGAUCCAGUGAUGAAUAACAGGGCCGAUUAUUAAUUAAAAAUAAACAAAGCUGCCUACACAGUUCUAUAGAUUAUUAUUAUAAUCAUAAUAACUAUUAUUCUACUGUUAACUGAAGAAACUGCCUGCUGAUAAUAUAUUAUUCAUGCAUAGUUUUCAAUUGACUUGAAUGAAUACCAUGACAAUAGUUUUAAGUACUUGAAGCCCUAUUGUAAACUAAAACUCGUGUUAUAAAUUUAGUUACAGCUUCAGGCUAUUAUUAAUUACGUUUUAAAAAAUCCAGUUGGCUAUAAUAGUAAUAAUGAUGAUGAUGAUGAUGAUGAUAAUUCUAAUUUUAAAAAUAAAAUUUUAUUACAUUUAAAGAGACUGGAGUCAAUAAAGUUAAAAUACUCGAAAAGAUUGCAACGACAGAGAAGAAAAAAAUAAAAUAUUAGAUUCAUUUUAAAAAAAAUAAAAAAAGAUAUAAAAUUAUUAUAAAAAAUGAAUCGAGAUUAUUGAGUUAUUUUUUUUAUUUUAAUUGAACAAUCAAAAUGUAUAAAUAUCAUUUACAAUACUUUCAUCAAUGGUUAAAAGUUACAUCAAAACAACUAAGAGACGAGGACGACGAAGAGGCUGUUUUUAAAUAUUUUAUGGAUGAUAGAGGAUAUAUUUAUUAACCCUACAAAUACCAAGGGUUAAUCAUGGAAAAUAGUAGUUCAGGUGUGGUGCAAGUAUUCGUGGGCGAGUGGAGCCCAGAAUAUGAAGCACUGUCAAUAAAAGCGACUAAACAAACAACAUCUGCUGAAAUAGUAGAAUGUAUUAUUGAGAGAUUAGCUUUGAAUGACCCGAAUUUAUCAAAUGGCUACGAAUUAGCUGAAGUUGUGGGUAAUUCUGUCGGUCAGGAAUGCAAGGAACGAAGACUUGGGCCAUCCGAGUGCCCUGUCGCGCUUAUGUUACUCUGGCCAAAGACUGUUACACAGCAAGGAUAUUAUCGAUUUUAUUUAAGGAAAAAACAAUCAGAUUGUCUAUGGGCUGACAGUAGAUUUCCACUGGAUCCUCAGUUAUUAAAAGAUUAUUUUAACCGAUUUUUAUAUCAACCACGUGAUAAAGAGUAUCCAGAUUUGUGCCAAUUACCAGAUCUUAAUGAACAAACAUUACUUGACAAUCUGCGUGCUAGAUUUUUAGCUGGAAAUAUUUAUACAUAUGUUGGCAGUAUAUUAAUAGCCGUAAAUCCAUUUAAAUUUUAUCCAAUCUACAAUCCAAAGUACGUUAAACUCUAUCAAAAUCGUCGACUUGGACCGGAUAUACCACCGCAUAUAUUUGCUAUUGCCGAUGCCGCUUAUCAUUCGAUGCUAAAGGAAAAGAAGAACCAGUGUAUUGUAAUAAGCGGUGAAAGCGGUUCUGGUAAAACAGAAUCGACUAAUUUUUUAUUACACCAUUUAACUGCAUUGAGCCAAAAAGGUUCUCAUGGUAGCGGCGUUGAACAGACAAUUCUGAGCGCUGGUCCAGUUCUUGAGGCUUUUGGUAAUGCCAAAACUGCUCACAAUAAUAACAGCAGUAGAUUUGGUAAAUUUAUUCAAGUUAAUUACAAGGAAAAUGGUAUGGUACAUGGUGCUGUUGUACAGAAAUAUCUAUUGGAAAAGUCACGUAUCGUAUCCCAGGGUAAAAAUGAAAGAAAUUAUCAUGUAUUUUAUUAUUUAUUAGCUGGUGCUAAUGAACAAGAACGCCAGUUGUUACAUUUAGAGAGUGCUGAUCGUUAUAAUUAUUUAAAUAAAAGUGGUUGUUAUGGAUUAGAGAAUAUCGAUGAACGACAUGAAUUUUCUCGGCUUAAACAGUCGAUGGAGAUGGUUGGUUUUACACCUGAGAAACAACGCAGACUGUUUGCUGUACUAUCCGCUGUUUUAUUGCUGGGUAAUGUUGAGUUUCAACCAAGAAAGUCUUAUCAUCAUCACGACGAAGCUGUGGGUGUUAAGAAUCCCGAAGUAGUUGCAAUUAUUUCGGAAUUACUGAGGGUUAAACAGGAAACACUGCUAGCAGCGUUAACGGCUAAACGUGCGCGAGCUUCUGGUGAAACUUUAGUCAUCAAUUAUCGUUUGCCAGAAGCUAUUGCUGCUAGAGAUGCUAUGGCUAAAUGUUUAUAUGGUGCACUAUUUGAUUGGAUUGUUCUUCAGGUAAAUCACGCGUUGUUGUCAAAAAAGGAUACUCUACGUGAUCAUCAAGGCCACAGUAUUGGAGUAUUGGAUAUAUUUGGAUUUGAGGAUUUUAAAACGUGCAAUAGUUUUGAGCAAUUGUGUAUUAAUUACGCGAAUGAACAACUUCAGCAUUACUUUAAUCAGCACGUAUUUCAAUACGAGCAACGCGAAUACCGUAGACAGGGAAUUAGAUGGACAGAUAUUGGUUUUAGUGAUAAUUCGGGUUGUCUAAAUUUAAUAGAAGGAAAACCAAAUGGAUUGUUGUGUUUACUUGAUGAUCAAUGUAAUUUUCCGGGUGCUACUAAUGAAACAUUAUUGCAAAAAUUCAAUUCUGUACACAAGGAUAAUCAAUUUUAUGAAACACCACAGCGACGUGAAGCUGCUUUUGUUGUGAGACAUUAUGCAGGCGCGGUUAAGUAUCAAGCAGCGCAGAUGAGAGAGAAAAAUCUAGAUCUUAUGCGACCUGACGGAGUCGUUGGUGUAUUAAAAAAUUCAUCACUGGCUUUUGUACGUGAGCUCGUGGGUGCUGAUCCGGUAGCUGUAUUCAGAUGGGCUAUUCUACGGGCAUUCUUUCGAGCACAUUUUGCUUUUCAAGAAGCCGGCCGUGCUCAUCGUCACGGCAGAGCUGAUGGAAAUAAAAAUUCAGUUCAAAGCAGAUAUCGGCAACCCAAUGAUAAUUUAAUCAGUUCGCACAAACAUAAUCGCCCGGCAAGUUAUCAGAAGCAGCGCAGUGUCUGCUUGUCAUCACCAUCAACUCAUCCUACACAAAACGAAAACAACGACAAUGUUAACAACAACCACAACAACAACAACAACAAUAAUAAUAAUAAUAGUAAUAAUAACAACAACAAUAACAACAACAACAACAAUAAUAAUAAUAGGUUGUCUUGGCCACAAUUUAGAAAUAUUAGUCAAACUCACCAACACCCAACGAAUAUUACGCCAACCAAGACAACCACAACAACAACAGCAACAGCUACUUAUGUAUUACGUAUCAGAGAUGAGCAUCAACCUAUUAGUAACAAUAAAUACAGACGGGAUACAACUACUACUCAUACACCACUUGAGAGGGUGCUUCCUAAAGACGAAGCUAAUGUCAUGGAACGUGCUAAUCAAAUAGUCAUGAAGAAUAAAUCAUUUCGACCACGUGAGCGAGGCAAGAAGGGUUUGAAAAAUUUACAAACAGUAAAGACACUGGCAGGAAGAACUCAAAGUUAUGGGUCGGGACCUGGUAAAGCACGGAAGCAGCCGAUGACAGUCUCAGCGCAAUUUCAACAGAGUCUUCACAGUCUAAUGGAUACUUUGAAUCAAGCAAAUCCAUUUUUUAUCAGGUGUAUUAAAUCAAAUUCAAAUAAAAUACCAAAUGAAUUUGACGAGGAAACUGUACAACGUCAAUUACGUUACACCGGAAUGCUCGAAACAGUGAGAAUACGUCAAGCUGGGUUCAAUGUGCGUCUCACUUAUGAAGAAUUUAUUCAGUUGUAUCGUAUGUUACUACCAAAUGGUUUAAUAAGCUCACAAAAUGACGUACGUGAUUUUCUCCUCACUUUAAAUCUCAACAAAGACAAUUAUCAACUUGGUAAAACAAAAGUGUUCCUACGUGAGUCUGAAAAAAUAAAACUAGACAUUGAAUUACAUCAACAGAUAAUAACAAGCAUAACGACAAUACAAAAAUGGUUUCGUGCUUGUUUGGAGCGACGAAAAUUCCUGAGAAUAAAAAACGCCGUUGUAUUGAUACAGUCAUUCUGGCGAAUGGUAUUGGCCCAAAAAAUAGCCCAUACAAUACGUGCUCGAAUUGAUGCUGCGAUACACAUACAGAGCACUUGGCGUGCUUACAGACAGUACACAUGGUACAAAAAAUUAAAAUCAUGCGUUAUAACAUUCCAGUCACAUGUAAGAGGACGUAGUCUACGCAAAGAGCUUGUUGAAAUGAGAAAACGAAAACAAGCUGCUACCAUGACAUCUUCCUCCUCGUUAUCCUCGUGUUUGUCCUCCUCGUCGUCGCUACUGAAUAAAUCAGAGAUUGAUUUUAGUGAAAAUAGUAGUAGCAUGUGUGAUAAGAGUCCGUUUAAAAAUAUCGGACUGCAAUCUAAAUUAACAUUGGAGCCAUGCCCGUCGCCACGUCGCGAAUAUAUAACGUCUUCUAAGUUGGAUAUCACUCCGCCUGGGACUGCAAGUGUUAUUGAUAACACAGAUAUAACAUACUCAAAACGUAAAUUAACGCCAAAUAAACGUCUUUUCACUUCUGUUAACUCACGGGAUCCUAAAAGUCCAGAAGCAUUGUUCAGUCCCGAUGACAAUAGUCUACGUAAAGGAAGUCUUGAGAGUUUAGCCAGCUUCAAGAGUUACGAAUCUCAGCUUAGUAUUGAUAGCAGUGAGUCUCACUAUUCUCAAGAGAGUAAUUCAACAAAACCUGUACCCAGUGCAAGAACAAAGCGUGCUGAUCACUCACCGUUGAUAACUGCUCAUGCUAGUAUUAUAAAUACUACUACUAUUUCUAAUACUAUUACUGCAAUUACUACGACUAUUACUACUACUACUACUACUUCUACUACUACUUCUACUGCUAGCCGUACGUCGUUGAUAAGUAGACGUACUGACAGCUCGUCAACGGGAUACAGUGACGGUGACACUGACGGUGAAGCGCCCAGUGUUGUACAAAGCGCCCCGCCUAUUUUCAAUACCGCGAUAUCGUCAUUCCACAGUCCGCGUGAUAAAUAUCAUCAUCCCGGUUUAUCUCAGCAGCAACAACAGCAGAGUCCCGUGUCAGAUAUCUGGAGACGUAGAGCCGAAUAUUCAAUAUCUAGUUAUGUCGACGCAACUCCACAAAAGGCUACUUUUAUAACGAGAUCGCCAAAUGUCACGCAGUACAGAAAUUUUACAGAUAAUUUAUUGGAGCAAGCAAGAAAUGAUCACCGGGUGAAUGAAGUCUCUAAUUUAAAUAUUAAACUAGAUAAUAGUGAUAAUAACAAAUUUAUUAGCAGUAGUAGUAAUACUAAUAGUAAUAAUACUAGUAAAAAUGAUGGUUUUUCAUUGCUCGAAAGAAGGUUCAAUGAGACUCCAGAUAAAUUUGGAGAUAUAACCAAAUUUCGGCGCGACAUUAAAGAGUACAGCUUUUUAAAACGACAGAACUCUGAAGGUGACACUACUUUGAAGAUGAUGGAUUUAAUUCCGCCAUUGCAUGACGAUAGACCUGUUGUUGAAAAGACUGAACCAGAUGUACCGGUACGUAGUGCUCGUAGAAAUCGACCCAGCCGAGAAAUGCUCUGUCGCUCGAUGGGGGAAAGUGUUAAUGAUACUGUAUCAGUUUCUGAUGCUAGGAGUGUUUUCUUGGGGACUAUUAAAGAAGAUUUUAAUAAAGGUAAUUGGUCAAAUACGUCAACGCCGUCGUUAUCUCUUUCAAUGACUCCCUCGGCGACGGUAAUUACACCCACCGCAAUGGCUAUAAAAAAAGAGGACCCGUCAUCGAGAUCAGUCACAGAUUGGCCGGUCAAUAAGGAAGCGGCUUACAAGGGACAACAAUUGGGUAAACGUAUGCGUUCAAAUGCCAUAACGACACUUGAAUUACGACGCAGAAAUUCCGAUCCAGCUACUAAGAUAUCGGGAUUAGAUGAAAAAGCUAAUGUAGUAGGUGAUUGUGGGGAUUUCAAAUUGGCUCCUGGUAUGAACAGACUCGAAUGGAAAGGCAAUAACUUAUUUACACUCGCUGGUCAUAGAUUUAGAAAAGUUGCCAGAUUUUCAAAAGAAGACGUCUGCGUUUGUUGUCAUGAAAAAAUGGACGCUUUUGUUACUCAAGGGUACAAGUGUAAUGACUGUAAACAGCUUUAUCAUGUUAAAUGUAUACAAAAUGGGGGUGUAUUAAAAAUGCCCUGUCCGUUGGCAAAUACCACUACGGCAAAUCGUCGUAAAAAUCGCAAGCCUAUUAUGAGAACACCCUACGAUACUUCGGCGAAUAAACAAACAGUUGCAUCGAAAUUUAGUUUGACUGGAACAUCUGCCUUUACAGACAGUGCUGAUAAAAUUAUUUCUGACGCUAAAGAGCUGGCUUUGAUGCAGGACUUUAUUACUAAAAAAAUUUAUAUAAUGGAAGGACAGGAAGAGGGUAAAAAACCCAGCGAAGUUGACAGGGUUUUCAAACAAGCUUUGAGGAAAUUUAAAGAUGAUUUAGUUAUUACCUACAGUGUCGCUAUUCAGCAGGGAGUUGAGGGUAAUAUUAAGUAUACGGACUUGAUAGCUAACUUUUUACACGUUAUGGAGACUGUUUGUAAACAAGAGAAUACUCGAGAAGACUUUCCGGUUACUAUGGGUGUCAAUGCGUUCCGUGGUUUUAUGAAUGAGUUUAUGACACAAGUUAAGCCGGAGGCUAUUGAUAAGCAGAGCAAGAGCAAGAGAAAGAAGGAGAAGAAACGCAAACAAGAAGAACCUAUUAAACAUGGUAGUCAUAUGUUCCAAUUGACUAUUAUUAAUAUCCCAACUGCUUGCGAAGUUUGUACCUCAUUUUUCAUGUGGCCUAUUGAACGUGGACUAGUUUGUCAAAAUUGUAAAUUAACGUGUCACAAAAAAUGUUACAUGAAAGCUGCUGCUGAGUGCGGUAAAGACGGUUCAAUUCAUGAUAAUAAUUCACGAAAAGUAUUCGGCGUGCCGUUGUACAAAUUAGAUUGCGGAGAUGGCAAAGUACCGCUGGUUGUUGAUCGUUUAAUAACAACAAUCGAAAUUCACGGGCUGUAUACCGAGGGUCUGUAUCGUAAAAGCGGUGUUAGUUCUAAAGUCCGUGAACUUAAGGUUAAAAUGGACGAGGAAGAUUUGCAGAACAUUGACUUUGAGAAUUACCAAGUCCACGUGUUAGCAGCAGUGCUUAAAAGUUUCUUUCGCGAUAUGCCAGAGCCAUUGUUGACAUUCGAGUACUACGACGACUUUUUACACGCGGCAAAUCUCACGGAUCCUCAAGACCGCGUCAAUACUCUGUUUGCAAUACUUAAAAAAUUACCGAAACCUAAUUACGACUUGAUGGAGCGCCUGACGGUUCAUUUGGCGCGUGUCGCGCUCAACGAAGUCGCGAAUCGUAUGUCUUCGUCCGCCCUGGCAAUUGUGUUUGCCCCCUGUAUACUCAGAACGAAUCGCACGCUUCCGGCACAAGAUUCACUGCAGGACGUCGGCAGACAGACUAAAUGUGUCGAGACUAUUGUGCAAGACAAAUUGCGGAGCGUACGGACAGCCCUUGCUGACAUAAGUACCCUAGAAUCGGCGUGUCAUGCAGCUACUAAUCGUCUGUCCAGUCUCAGAUCUUCAAAGAUAUUCAGCCCCGAAGAAUUGAGUGUGUCCUCGACGAUAGCUGGCGGACGGUCCAGCAACUCAGACCGCGACGGUGAUCGCAGUGGUGGUGACGAAGAAGAGGCCCUCCUCGUAGGACAUAUUCAGACUAUUCAGAAGGAAAAGGCACUACUCACUUCAACAUUACCUAGCUUAACUCGUGCUUCCUCAGAUGAUGACCUAUUACUGUCAGCGACAGAUCUCGACGACGGGUCUCUAGAUGAUUUACUUCCAUCGGCUGAUGCCUUGGUAAGAAAAAAAAAUAUCCACAGGCAAAGUUCAGCGGAUAAUGCGUUUCCUACUAUCAUAAAUGUCGAUGAAGAUAUGGUGAUGGUAUGACCUGUCGUUUAUAUACACACUACAAUGAAUAAUGUCUCGACUGUUAAGUAGUAAUAGUUAAUAGUUAAUAAUAAUAAUAAUAAUGAUAAAAAUAUAAAUAAUAAUUAUAAUAAUACUAUUACAAUAAUUAUUAGUGUAAUAGUUAUAUUAUUAUGGUUAUAGCAGUGUAGUUGACUCAACUCUUGUCAAGAAUCGUUAACAACUGUUAUCACCUCGCCAAGUUAUAUUAACUGGGACUUAAUAAUAUCCGGCUACUGUUUACUUGUUAGUAGUUAUUUAUUUUGAUAGCUCAUUCUUAACUUUAAUACCCCAUAUAUAUGUAUAUACACAUUUAUAUGUGGGAGGAACAAAUGCUUCGCAGAUUCACUGAUCGCGUGCCGUACAAGGUUCGAUAUCGAUCUCUGAGGUUGUCAAAACCCGGCAUUUAUAUUUAAUAUAUAUAGAUUUAAAUAUAAAUACUUUUUUUUUUUUUUUUUUUCGUUUUUUACAUUAAAAGAUUAAAAAUUAAAAACCAU